UGGGGCCCCCGUGGGGUGGUGGGAAGGAGCCGGUGGUGAUGGUGGGACACCUUGGUCCUGAGGAGGAGCCAUCAUGGUGGUCCUGGUCCGGUGUCCCCGAAGGUGGGGAGGGGUCGUUGCAUGGGGAGGGGUCCUUGCACGGGGCGGUUCUCCCCGUCGCAGGCGUUGGGAGGUGAGGAGGGGGCUGGGAUGAUCCCCCCUCUUGGCGGGCGCUGGUGCUGGGACCUUCACUGGCCCACGGUGGAGAAGGUUCCUCCUUGCCCAGCCCUCGCUGUGCCGUGGCCCCGACCCUCCUCGGGAUCGUUGCGGAAGGAGCCGAGGUCUGGAGUCCCCCGAGCUCAGGUGCUCCGUGGUGGCCAGGACCAGUUGCCUCCAGCUGUCCUCGGCCACUGUCCAGCGGGGGCCCAGCAGCCCCUGUCAGCCAGCACAGGAGGUCUUACCCCCUCACCCAGGAGAGCAUCCAGGAGCGAGGGUUCAGCUCAGCAACCCCACGCUCGCCCUCAGGAGGAGCUGGACCAGUAGGACAACCACAGCGAUGUUCUGCUCUACCCUUGCCCUCACCUUGAGGGUCUCGCAUGCCCCUCGCCUGCAAGGUCUCCCUCAUCUUGAAGGUCUCCCAUGCCCUCGUCUUCCUUCAGGGUCUCCCUCACCUUCGAGGUCUUUAGAUCAAGGUGUUCCAUGGAGCCACCAUGCUCAACGUGGGGUGGACCCACCUUUAUGACUCAAUUCUGGUGACGGGCAAAGGGACCGAGUGGCUUUGGGGUUUUUUUUUUUUUUUUUUUUGGACCAGCCUUUUCCGUAGCACCCGCCUGACCCUCCCCAGGAGGUCGGGCAGCAGCGUGGGAAGAUCUGCCCAUCAUCGAUGGAUGCAUCGAGGUGAUCCGGGGCUCUAGGACAACCCAGACCCAUCGUUACCAAUUUGUGAUGCUGGUUGCGUAAGCGCAGGCUCCAGCACCGGCGGUGCUUGAGCCGUGGGAGCUGUAGCCUAGAUUUACUCGUUAGCUGCGUUCAUUAGCGGCAGAGUAGAAGACGAAACCGAAUUUUCUGCCGUUUGUCGUAAAAACCCGAAGCCGGUCUCUCGCUGAAGCGCCGGUGGUGUAAGGACCGACCGAGGCUGAACUCGGAUCUCCGGCGUGCCGACCGGCCGCAGCGUCCCUGAAACGCAGCCCAGCAAAUCCAUCAACCUCCAGCCUGCGGAGGCCAACGGCCGAAUCCUGUGGGAAAACCUCCGACGACUAAUUUGUAAACGAGCCGAACUGCUGAACUCUUCGUGGUGGCCGAGCGGCCGUCCCUUCUGUCCCCACCGGGGUGGAAAUGAUUUAUUUAAUCUCAUUUCUUGGGCUCAUCAAUACGAGCUUCUGCCCUAAUUCCUGCCCCGGGAUAAUUAACGCCUGGAUUUGACGGACCACGGGCCGGGAGCGGCGUGCACCGUGCCGGGUGCUGAGUGGACGGAGGUGCGUCCGGAUCCGACCGUUUGUGCCAAUUCCUGGUUUAAUUCUGUAGGAAUUAUCAAGCGUGAGUUUAAUUUUUUUCCCCCUUCGGAGGGGGGUUUACGUGUCCCGCUGCAUCCAGCCACGUGCUCGAGCGUGCCGGACCCUUCCCGAGCGGUGCCGAACCUAAACCAAAGUCCUUCCGCCGUGCCGGGCGGGGGGGUGCCGUGGGGCUCCCCGUCCUGUCGGCCGUCCUUGAGGAGGUGAGCUGCUUUAUUUGCUGUUUGGAGGAAGCGCAGAGCGAGCUUUCGGCUUCUCCCUGGGUUUCUGUUUGCUUGCCCUCGGCAACAAACGCCCCUUUCCUCGUCCUCGGCGGGGGCUACGACGCGGGGACGGCGAGGUGGUGUUUCGGGGUGACGGUGGGAGCUGCUUUUCUGCUUACCGGGGAGCGCUGGAGGGUGUUUAAUUCUGCGCGACCGCAAAGCUACGGGGCCGUGGUUGCUUUUGGGGUCGGAGGCGAGCGGGGGGUGCCGGGCACCUCGGCGCAUUCGCCGCCACCCCCCUCCACCGCCGCUGCCCGACGUCACGGCGUGAUGCUCUGCAGUGAUGCUGCCGUGUCAUCCCCGGCAAUGCAAAUCCUGCUGCAUAAUUGGUAACGAGGGAGAGAACCGAGCUGGGGAGUGACUGCCGGAGGGGAAGCCCUGUUUUGGGUGGGUUUCACCCCGGGGGUGAGACGUUUUCCCCUUGAAAUCGCUGCCGAGAGCCCUCCUCGUCUCGGGGGGGUGGGAGGGGGGGGUGGUGGAUACGAAAUUGCAGCCUGGCUCCUUCCAGCCGCCGGCUCUGCCUUUGCGCUCCGGCGUCGCCUUCCUGGGAGAUGCCGAGCGCUGCGACGGAAUAAAAUGGGUUCCUUCGGUUAUUCCUCGAUUAUUUUUUUUUCUGGCUUUAUCCUGCAUGCCGUGAUCCGAUCUUAAAUCCACCCGUUACCAACCAGGACAGGGUUGGGAUGCUUCUCCGACGCCUGACGGGCUGCUGCUUAGCCCGGGGGUCUCUCCCUGUAUAUAUAUAUAUUUAUUUUCUUCCUUCUUGCAUAUCGUUCCCACCUUUUCCUCAUCCAGCUGCUGAAAUAAUCCCACGUCCCUGUAUUUGACACCUCCGAUCCCUCGAAACCCUGGGAGGCUUUUGUCAGGAUCCGCUUUUGGUUCUUGUUUUUUAUGGGAAACUUAUUUAAACCGGUCUCCCCCCCCGCCAAAAAUUGAUGCUCGAGAUUAAAGCAGUUUGUAGAGGGGAGUAAAUACAAGGAGGAAAUCUUGAGCAUCCUCCGAGUUACUCGGUCCCCGAAACCCUUGAUCCGUGCGGGAUUUUUGGGAGCCGUCACAAAAUCCGUAGGAUGCCCAGAGGAUCACAAAAUCCGCAGGAUGGCUCGGAGGGUCCCCGCCUGGUAAUUACUAAUUACUCUGAAUAUCUGGAAUAAAACCAGAAUUGCCAUUUCGGUCUCCGCCUGGACCAGCUGCGACGGAGGAACGGCCUGGCAGCGCAUCCGAGAUGGAGCGGGGGAUCGUCGGAGGCGACGCCGGAGUCACGGAAGGCGAAAGGAAACUCGUUAAUGGGACUCGGAUCCGUCGGCAAACGAGCUUUGGGAACCACAGCAGCAUCCAUCCCUCGCCCAGAGACGCUCCCGCCCUUCCUCCUCUCCCGAAAGCUGGGAACCAGCAAACCAGGAGCGUGGGGUUGGUUUUUUGGUUUUUUUUUUUUUUGCAGCAUGACAGCGUUAAUUCCUCGUGAUGAUUUGGGCUCGUUAAUCGACUCCGGAUGAGCUUUGAGCCGGCAGGUUUUCCCGAUCGGAUCUUGGAGCGUCGUGGCUGGACCGGCUCUGUCUCGGGAGGUUCUUUGCAUCCCAUCUCUCUCCUGAACCCCUCCUCGCUCCCAAAGGCAAUUCCAGCAACGACGGACGUGAAAAAAAUUAAUAUUUUCAGUUGAGCUCUUUUUGGUGUGGUUUAAUAGCGAAAAGAAGGGGAAUUGGGGUCACGCGACCCCUUCCUCACAGCGUUUGAGUCAAGUUUUUUCUUGCCGCAUCCCAAAUCCCCUCCUUGGGGCUUUAUCUCCAUUUAAAAACUGAACAAAACCUGCAAAUGGUUUAUUUUCAUUUUUUUCCCCUCACUCCGCCUCUUCUCGCCAUCAUUAAUAGAUUUAUUAUAUUAUUUUUUUUUUCCCUGGCUGUAUCUUUGGUUGAGGAGGGAGGAGGAGAUGCUUUCCCUGCGGGAUGAGCAUCCCUGCCGUAGGCAGGACCCGGCUCUUCGCCCCCUCUCUCUUUAAACCUUCCCUUAAGCCAGACCUAGACUCUGGAUUAAAAUCCUCGUCUCACUGCAGAGUAAAAUCCAACGUGAGGACGAGGGUCUCUGAAAUCCUCCCGCUCCGUGCCGGGUCUCGGGGGCUUCUGAGCUGCCGGGCUCGGCUCUGCGCCCUGGGUGUUUUCAAAAUUAUUCUUUUUUUAUUUCAAAGAAAGGGUAAUUUGAGCUAAUAAAUGAAUUAAACUGGCCUCUGCAUCGCACGGGGGGCAGCUGCCGCCGCGCCGAUAAAGGAGGAGGAGGAGGAAGAGGAUGCCCGCGUGGGCGGGGGAGCUUUGACCGGGGAGAAAUGAGAUAAAACGUUUAUUUUUCCGGCUGCCCCAUCCCCUGCAGCGUCUCGCCGCUCCCCGUCCGCAGCCGUCCCUCGAGGCAGCCCCCCGGGUGGGCGCCCGCCUUGCGCCGUUGGUCCUUUAUAGGAAACACCGUUACCAGGAACCACAGAAUUAUUUACGUUCAAAAAGACCUUUAAAAUCAUCGAAUCCAACAUCUCCCGAUGGAUCCGUCCAGGGGAGGAUCCGGUCUCCGAUCCCGGCCGGAGUUUGAUGCCGGAGGUGGAGGCGGCCGGUCAGACACCGACGCUGAUUUUCCUCGCCGUAAGCACCCGAGGGAGAGGGGGUUUAGAUGAUAUUUUGAAAAUUUGCUGUGGAGGGAAUGGGAGAAACCGCGGAGAGGCUCCUCGUUAAUUAUCUCCUUCCUAAAACGAGGCCGAUGAAGUUGGCUGAGCCCCGGGACGGGCAGCACCCGCAGGAGCCCGGCCAGGGACGUGCUGGGCACGGAAACGGGGCGGUUUUGGGGUGAUGGAGGUGGUAAAACAAGGGACGCGGUGAGCCCGCCGGCAGCACCGGGGGCCGGCACCGGAGAGCUGGUGGCAAAGCAACCCCCCCUCGCCGCCCGCCGGCUCUCCAUGCGAACCGCGGCCAAAUGGAUGCGAUCGCGAGCGCCGGCCUCAAGAGGAAGUUUGAGGAUGCGGACGUGGGCUCGCCGGGCUCCAACUCGGACGACGAGAUCUCCAACAGCGACAGCGCCGAUAGCUGCGACAGCGUCAACCCCUCCAGCUCCGCCGGUUUCAUACCCACCUCCAUCCUGAAGCGGCAGAAGCAGCUUCGCAGGAAGAAUGUCCGCUUCGACCAAGUGACCGUCUACUACUUCGCCCGACGCCAGGGCUUCACCAGCGUCCCCAGCCAGGGCGGCAGCUCCCUGGGCAUGGCCCAACGCCACAACUCCGUCCGUCGCUACACGCUCUGCGAGUUCGCCCAGGAGCAGGAGGUGAAUCACCGGGAGAUCCUACGGGAACAUCUCAAGGAAGAGAAACUCCACGCCAAGAAAAUGAAGCUCACCAAGAACGGCACGGUGGAGUCGGAGGAAGCGGACGGCCUGACGCUGGAGGACGUCUCGGACGACGACAUCGACGUGGAGAACGUGGAGGUGGACGACUAUUUCUUCCUGCAGCCGCUCCCCACCAAACGCCGCCGAGCUCUGCUGCGAGCCUCCGGCGUUCACCGCAUCGAUGCCGAGGAGAAGCAGGAGCUACGGGCCAUCCGCCUGUCCCGGGAGGAAUGCGGCUGCGACUGCCGCCUCUACUGCGACCCGGAAGCCUGCGCCUGCAGCCAGGCGGGGAUUAAAUGCCAGGUGGAUCGCAUGUCCUUCCCCUGCGGCUGCUCCCGGGACGGUUGCGGUAACAUGGCCGGUCGGAUCGAAUUCAAUCCCAUCCGGGUGCGGACUCACUACCUCCACACCAUCAUGAAGCUGGAGCUGGAGAACAAGCGGCAGGGCGGGCGGCCGCCGGCGCCGGAGGAGGAAACGGCCGCCGCUGCCGCUCACGGUCCCACCGGCGACUGGCUGGGGCCGCAGCCGGCCGAAACGCAGGACUUCCAGGAGUUCAUGGCGGAGAACGAGACGGCCGUCAUGCACCUGCAAACAGCGGAGGAGUUGGAGAGGCUGAAGGCUGAGGAAGACUCCAGCAACGGUUCCGGUGUGGAGAGCUUAGGUGUUUGCAUCCUGGAGGAGCCCCUGGCCGUGCCGGAGGGUUUGUGCCCGGGUCUCGCCGCCCCCAUCCUCAUCCAAGCCCAGUUACCUCCGGGUUCGUCCGUCCUCUGCUUCGCCGACGGCUCGGAGCAGGCGGCCUCGGCGGUGGGCGACCAACCCUACUUGAACGAUGGGCCCGUGGUCUACUACCAGGUGGAGCAGCGGCCGGUGCUGGGCACCAAGGGCGAGAGCAGCCCGGCAGAGCCGUCGGCAUCGUCCUCCUGCCCGGGCGAGAAGGACCUCGGCGUCCUCCCCGUCCCCGUGGUGACUUGCAGCCGAGCCGCCGCUGCCGCGAGCAAGGGGGAAGCAGCCAAAAAUCCUCCCUCGUCCCCGGAGGCCGCGCCGUCCUCCAAGGGCUGCCGAGCACCGGCUGCUCCCCGCUGCCCGCGCUCCCCGUCCCCCGUGCCGCCGGAGCAAGCCCCGGAGCGGCCGCACGAGCCGCCCUCCGCCGAAGAGCGCUCGCCCGUCCUGCCCGUGUGAGCGGCCCCGUUCCCCCCCCUCCUCGGCGCUCGUUUAUUUAUUGCCAAUAAUAUUUUACGAACUGGCGGCGGCCACCGGUGGUUAUUUAAUUGCUGGGGGGGUGGGGUGGGGGGGGAAGAGCGGGGGCUGCUUUGUACAGAGGAUUUUAAACGGCGUCCCCUCGCCCGGUGCCAGGAGCCUUUCGCUUGCCCGGCAGAGAUGGUUUUCGCGGCUCGGCCGAUGCCGGCGGCCGCUCGGUUGCCACCCGCGUGCCGGGACACGCCUGACCUGGAGCCUCCUCUUCCCACGGCAGCUCCUUCCUGUCCCCCACCGCAGCCCCGGGCUGCCAGGAGACCUCUGCCCUCUGGUUUUUAAGGAAAAAAGACCUUUUUUUUCCUUUUUUUUUUUUUUUUUGUUCCUUUAAUGAAUGUUUACCAGGCUGUGUCACAACCCGGCGCCUCCGAGUGAUGCUCCCCCUUCCCUACGGCACCGCCGGCCACCGCAGCCGGCGCGAAGGGGCCAGGACGGAUCGGGAAGGACCUGGAGCCGGCGGGGAGGUUCCGAUUGCACAAGAGAGGCGACACUGCGGCCCGCGAGCUCUCCUAGAAAAUUUUGGGGGGGGUUUAACCACCUCAAUUUGAAGAGUUUGAGCCCUUCGCGGCCGCGAUGGUGAACUGUGGCCGGCCGGCCGUCCCCGUGCUCCACGUCGGCCUCGAGGAACAGUCAAGGCAUCCAGCUGCCGCGUCCCCCGGCCAGAAGCAGAAGCACUUUCCGUCCCCCCGGCUCCGCCAGCGCCGGGAUGGGCACCCCCCCCCCCAACCCCCACUUCGCCUCCUGCCCAAACCGGCCCCCUCGAAGGUCUCGGCGCUGCGUCUCGAGGGGCAGGAUGGGGGGGGGGGGGGGUCACUUCUCCGAGCUCCCCUUCCCUCGGCUUUAACCUCCGCCCUCGCUCCAGCCUUAUCCCGGCCAACGGGACGCGUCUCCCCUCCGUCUCCCGCCGUUUCCCGGACUCUGGAUGAGCAAAUUCAAAUUCACCUUUUUUUUUUUUUUAAGGCAAGAAUCGGGAGGAGAGCGGGGAACGAGGAGCCCCCAUGCCCAGGGGCUUCCGCUGCUGGAGGGUCCGCUCCAGCGCAGCCCCGGGGCUGCCGCCCUCGCUUCUCCUUGGGAAAUAAUAAAAAAAAAAAACCAAAACCCCUCGCAGGGGACGCUGCUCGAAAGUGGGGAGGAAAAACUGCGGCCUGACGAAGUGCUUUAAUUGUUUUGGGGGGGUUUGUUGGGGUUUCAGGCUCUUCUUGUGCUUCUGGCGGUCGCCUCCCUCUGUCGAAAGGGGUUUAAAGGGGUUUUUUAAAACCCCUUUGCUGCUCUCGCCGCCUCGGUGAGCGGUUCCAACCGAGCCUUAAGCCUGGCAAAGCGGCUUUUCCCCGCCAGCCCCUUCUCCGCGGGGCAGCGCGGAGGGGAAGGUGCCGCGUCCCGAACCGGAGGGGCCGGGUGGACGUUUCCCCCCCCCGCCACCGCCCGCUCUCCCUGCCCUCGGCCGGCACACAAGGGCUAAAUCCGGGCGGAACGAAGCCUUACCCCCUUGUCGGGCGCUUCGCCGGCCGCGUCCCCACGUCCCUUCCCGGCGGGGAGCUGCCACCGUGCCGGCGCCGGUUUGGCCGUGGCAGUGGAGGGGGGGUUUUAUUAUUUCAGCUCCCGCACGAAACGGAGCAACUCCCAGCUGGAAAAAAAUAAAACAAACGGUGACACCCGGAUGGGUUCAAGUCUUUUAUUUUCCCCCCCCUUUUUUUUUUAAUUUUCAACGGACUCUGCGCUCCCUCUCCAGCUCUGCGUCCGGGCCCUCGGCCACCGCAGCCAGGUCAGGACCCGCUCGUGACUCGUUAGGCGAUUCGUUAACGAGCCCGGAGACUCCGUCAACCCGACAGAAUGAAUCCUAAGACGCCGGAGAGGACGGGUGCUUUCACAAUAAGCAAAGAACUAAUAGGAUUUAUUCUAUUUUUACAAAGAGAACUAUGCUGUUAAUAGUGCAAUGAAAGCGCAUUUCUGCCUUUUAUGAUUAUUAAUUUUUUUCGGUUGGAUUAAACGUACUCACUGACACUAACGCUGGGUCCUGCUCGAUUCGUCGCCGUGUAAGAAACCAAACAGCCCGGCUCCUCCCUGGUGCUACCGAGCUGCUGCGGGCACCACGGCACCGCCGAAAUCCAGGCGUCCCCCCCCCGCCCCCCCCCGGCUCCUCGUCCUAUUUAAACAGUGACUCUGCGACUCCUAAACCGCCCCGUCUCACACUAAGGUGGCUUUUUUUUUAAUUUUAUUUUUUUAAUUUUUCCAGUGUGAAUCCAAAGCUUGUCCUCUGAAUAUUAUUUUUUAAUUUUUAUUUCUCUCCCCCCCCCCCCCCCCGGCCUUUUCUGUUCUUUUCAUGGUGAUAAUGCUGUAUUUAAAGAGAAUAUUUAAGUGUAAAAAUAAAAGAAAUGCUCAAACUUGC